AUGGCUCUGUCUAGGAGGUCAUAUACAAAGGUGGAUAAGGAGGACCCUGAAGACAUAAUACACCGAAGGGCACAGUUUUUGAUCAACAAAGUGUUGGAGAAAGCAGAUUCACGCAGAAAGCCAUCAUGCCUUAGACUCAGAAUUUCUAAGUUGAAGGUUAAGAUUGGGAGGAGGUUAAUGAGGCUGAGGAAGAGAAUUAUGUCAGGUGUUUCCGCAGCAAGACUUGGCAUUCAUGGACACUUUAUGAGUCAGCUCAAAACAUGGAAGAGACUGUUUGCCAGAGGAAGACAAUCACAGACCCUCAUUACCCUUCCUCCUCUCAUCAAUUGA